AAUCCAUUGACCUACAAGGUCGAUGUACAGUUUCAACUCUUUAAGAUGCCGAAAGCAAGGUUCUUCAAACCAAAACGUAGUGACAUCAUUAGUGAGAUUUCAAGUCCCACUAAUGUUGUUAAACAUGUGCAUGUUACUUACGACCAAGAGACAGGGCAGUUCCAUGGGAUACCUGAUUACUGGAAAGAAAUGAUAGACAAUUCGAAUUUCUCAGUCGAAGACCGAAAAAAUAAUGCGGACAAAAUUCUUAACGCUGUGACCGCUUUCAAAGAGUCGCAAAAAACCAAGUACUUGGGUUUUGAGGGCUUGGAAAGUGUUGAUGAAGAUGAUGAGUUGGAAAGGAAAAUGCGAUUGUUUAUUUUGAAUCCAAAAGAAGAAAAGAACAGUACGAAUGCCGCAUCAUCUCAUCCAAAAGCCAAGCCUGUCGUACAUAUAAACGAAAGGAAAAAUGGUGCUCUCAUUCCUCCUGUACCUCCACCAAAGCCAUCUGCCAGUGAUUCAAAUAAGCAAGCGGCUCCUUUGCUCCGCAAACGUGUUCGCAGGAAACUCACAGAUGAGGAGUUUUAUUCAGAAUUAGAUUCCGUAAUAACUCCUGGAAACCCUCGUGAUGUGUAUUCUAUCGAGAGCGAACUUGGUACAGGUGCCUCAGGUACCGUUCGACUUGGUCGAAAUAAAAGAACAGGACAAAUUGUAGCUGUCAAAGUAAUGAAACUAGAUAAACAGCCCAAUCGCGAUUUAAUCGUUUCCGAAAUUGCUGUCAUGAAGCGCAUACAACAUGAAAAUAUCGUUAAUUACUUAGCAUCUUAUUUAUUAAGAAAUGAAAACCAGCUAUGGGUUGUGAUGGAAUACCUGGAUGGUGGUGCACUGACAGAUGUAGUCACUGAGACUGUCAUGGCCCCAGACGUAAUUGCCGCUGUUGUUCGGGAAUGUGUAAAAGCCUUGGUAUUUUUGCACGACCAAAAUAUAAUACAUAGGGAUAUAAAAUCUGACAAUGUACUACUCGGAAAACAGGGUCAAGUCAAGGUCACCGAUUUCGGAUUUUGUGCUCAGCUUGGUAACCGGCAAAGUAAACGCCAAACCAUGGUCGGGACUCCUUAUUGGAUGGCUCCUGAAGUUGUUUCGAAAACUGCAAAUUAUGGGCCGAAAAUUGACAUUUGGUCACUUGGCAUUAUGAUUAUUGAAAUGUUGGAUGGAGAACCACCUUAUAUGAAUGAACCUCCACUAAAAGCAAUAUACCUCAUCCAAACAAUGGGAAAACCUAGACCAAAAACCAAGAACUUGCACCCGAUGCUUCAAGAUUUUCUGGACAGAUGUCUAGUCGUAGAUCCUGUAAGACGAGCUUCUGCAAAGGAACUACUUAACCACGAUCUUUUUAAGCAUGCAGGGAGCUUGUCUUCUCUUGGACCGCUUAUUCGUGCAGCACGAGAGAGUCUUGGAAAAAAGGAAUAAGAACGGACAACUAAACAUCUAGCAUCAAUCAUGACGGAGUUAAAAACCAUCGAGUAAGCCGGACAAUUAUUAUCAUAAAAAUUUCUGUCCGCCUGUUCAGUUUGACAAAGAUUUCUAACAGGAAUAUCAUUUUUAUCGUUACUCAGUUUUUGCAAGUCCGAAUCUAUCACACAUCUAUAUUUUGUAUGCUUUGACUCACACUUUACCUACAAGCCUAAUCCAGUUUUUAACCUAGAUUAACUUGUAAUUGCUAAAUCCUGGCUGCUGUCUUUUUUAUUAUUUCAAUCAAGUCUUUCUGCUGUUUUGCGAAUGCAUCGUGAAGCAGUUCACCCCGAUUUUUUGAAUGAUCAUUAAUAUGUAAUCUUGAUUUCUUUCUGUAAUAGUUUACUACGCUUAGAAAAAUAAACGUAUUAACAAUUUUUUUUUUACAAAAGCAACAAA